AUGGGAGACCUAAAUCUUAUGGCAUUUGACCUUGCUGAAACCUUUAAUCCAUCAUGGAGUCGUCCACACAAUGCCAAGGAGACGGCUGACCGUCAAGGUGGCCAUAAAUUUAAAAAGAUGCUCUUUGACAUUACCAAGGACAAGGUGGAAAAGCGAAAGACUUUGGAGGGGCAAACAUCAAUCUUUACGCAAUUGAAUUUGUCUUUUUGA